GCUGGGAUUAGAACAUGGCGUCAAAGCCCAUGUUCUUAACGACUUGCCUCUUCCUGGGAGUUGGGUGGAGGGUAUCAUAAACACCUGAACUCUGGGCCAGCUUCAGUUUCUUCUGUUCCAAAUUUGAAAUCCCCCAAAAUGCUUCCAUGCUGUGGCAGUUACUUUCUUUAGUACUUGGUGAACAUACAAAAUGGUAUAUGGGCUAAAUUUUACAGCACUCAUGUCAGCAUCCUCUAAGUUCCCUGGUGAUCGUGGCAUACUAAUUUCCCAGUAAUAGAAGGAGCCAUGGGAGAAUCUUUGUUAAUAAAUCUAUUAUAUACAUUGGGCUUUUAAAUAUAUAUCAUUCUGAAUUAAGGUAUGACUUAACAUUGGUAUGAAAUCUAAGGUAGAGGGCAGGGGCAAAAAGGUAAUUUUACGACAGAUCAGUAAGGUGUCCAGCCAAGUCCAUUCAUGUGUCCUGGGUACUGAAAAAAGUUACACAGCAGUAAUCUGGCGCCAUAAGGUAAAAAGGUAACGACACAGAGUCCUGUGUUGGAGGAAGAGGAGUUCCUUCUUCUUUGCAGAGGGAGGCCCUCCACUUGUUCUGACUCUUCCAGCUUUUGCCCCAUAGUUACUCUUACUGUCCCUUUCCCCUGCUCCCCUCCCUCAUUGCCACCCCCACUGAGUCCCACACUGUCUUUAAACAUCAUGAGAGUUAAAAUCAACAGGUACUGAGUUUUUGCCAGGUGGUGGACACUGUGCUCAGAGCUUUACAAACAUCAUCUCUAUUCGAUCAUCUGCUAAGUACUUUUUAUGAAUUUAUCCUUUAUUUAACUCCUACACCACUAUCUGAGGUAGGUACUAUUAUCAUCUCCAUUUUACAGAUGAAAAAGGAAGCUCAGAGGGAAUGCUUAACUUGCCAGAGGCCACCUGGCUAGUAAGUGGUGGAACCAGGGGACCGCCCAGGUCUGCACGCCUAAGAUCUCAAACCUCCACUUGUCCCUACUGCCUGCCACUUCCCAUUACCUUAUUUCCCUUCUUUCUUUGGCCUCAGACUUACUGGAUUUGUCACUGCCUUCCUGGAAGGCAUCUCCCUUGGCCUCCAAGCUCAGCACUCUCCUGGUUCUCCUGGGUCACCAGCAUCUCCUCUUGCUCUCCAAACAUUGCUUUUCUCCCAGCUUUAAUCUCUGGCUUUUUGCUCUUCUCUUUACUGAAAGCUUUUUAAAAAAAAAAAAUCGUACAGUGUGUACUUUAACUUAGAUACACUUGACCCAGUCUGUAGCCCGGGCUUCUCUCCUGACUUGCAGCCCUGCUCCUGUAUUCACUUGUUAGACCUACCAUUUCGAACACGUGCCUCAACCACGAAUUCGCUUAUCAGUUUCCUUACUUCAUCUUUAUUUUUCUAUGUAAAGCCUCCAUCAACUUACUGUUGCCUUCACAAUGAAGUUUACAUUUUAUUCAGGCAUUAAAGUUCUUCCUGAUCUCCCUUUGGCAUAACGUUUCAGCACUAUCUCCUCUGUUCCCUAAAUGAGCUGCCGUUUUAGGCAGACCAGUCUAGUCACUGUCCUGGUUCACCCCCUCCCUGCCAUCCUUUAAGACCCAGUGCAUGUCCUGCCUGCUCUGGGAAGUCUUUCCUGAGCACUCAUUAGGAACCAAGUAUAUUGUGUUGUUUAUUAUCUUUUCCUCUGUCCGCACUUAAUUAAAUUGUAAUCCCUCCAAUAUCUACUGUGGUGCAGUGCUUGGCACAUAGUAAGUGCUUACUGAAUAGUUGAUCGAUUAGUUGUUGGGUAGGAGGGUAGAAGAUGGCAAUAGAAGUGUAUCUAGAGAGUUAAACUCUUUCUGGAGGACAAAGACUAUAUUUUCCUCAUCUGUUUAUUUUGGGAGCCUAAGCCAGUGCCUGGCCCACAGUAAUUCAGUUCUGCUCAGCAGGUCUGCUUUUACCAAGUGUUGGCUCUGUGCCAGGCACUGUGCUAGGCGCUGGGCUUCCAUAAAGGUUUGCAGAUGAAUAAAAGGUUUGAGAAUUGUGCCUCUGUUUCCCAACUUCUAAAUGUCCACCUUUCAUGCAGGUGAAUCUCAGUGUUUCUUUGGUUGGCGGGUAUUAAGAGAAGAGUCCCAAUGCACAGCCCGAGAUGUUUCCUCUCCAGGGCGGAUAUUUUCUCCAAACCAGGACUGCUCCCCUGGUGUGCCAGAAAACCUCCAGGCUGGCCGAUGUUGUGACGCCACUCUGGAGGCUGAGCUAUGAAGAACAGCUCAAGGUGAAAUUUGAAGCUCAGAAGAAAAUUUUACAAAGACUAGAGUCUUAUCUCCAAAUGCUCAACGGAGUCAGCGUGACAACAGCUGCACCUAAAUCCAAGGGGCUCUGUUGUCUUCUCCAUCCUAUCAUACCCUCUCCUGUCAUCGAUGGCUAUCGAAAUAAGUCCACCUUCUCUGUGAAUCGAGGUCCAGAUGGCAAUCCAAAGACCGUGGGGUACUAUCUGGGAACUUGGAGAGACGGGAACAUCAUCUGUGUACGGUCUAACCAGCUGAAAAACAUGCCUGAGAAACAUAAUCAAGUGGCCCAGUACUACGAAGUAUUCCUUCGACAGUCCCCAUUGGAGCCCUGCCUUCUGUUUCAUGAAGGUGGAUACUGGCGUGAGCUCACAGUCCGCACCAAUAGCCAAGGGCACACAAUGGCCAUCAUCACUUUCCAUCCCCAGAAAUUAACACAGGAGGAGCUCUGUGUUCAGAAGGAGACUGUAAAGGAGUUUUUCACCAAAGGGCCAGGAGCAGUCUGUGACUUGACAUCACUUUACUUCCAGGAAAGCACUAUGACCCGUUGCAGUCAUCAGCAAUCCCCUUACCAACUCCUAUUUGGGGAACCCCACAUCUUUGAAGAUCUCUUGGGCUUGAAGAUCCGCAUCUCUCCAGAUGCCUUUUUCCAGAUUAACACUUCUGGUGCAGAGAUGCUGUAUCAGACCGUGGGGGAGCUGAGUGGAGUGAACUCUAACACCAUCCUCCUUGACAUCUGCUGUGGAACUGGUGUGAUUGGCCUGUCUCUGGCUCAGUAUACCUCCCAGGUCCUUGGGAUUGAGUUGGUGGAGCAGGCAGUGGAGGAUGCCAGGUGGACUGCAGCCUUCAAUGGCAUCACCAACUGUGAAUUCCACACUGGUCGAGCAGAGAAGAUUUUGCCGCAGCUACUGAAGUCAAAGGAAGAUGGGCAGUUAAUUGUUGCUGUGGUGAACCCAGCCCGAGCAGGACUGCAUCACCGGGUGAUUCAAGCCAUUCGAAACUGCAGGGCCAUCCGCACACUAGUUUUUGUUUCCUGCAAGCCUCAGGGUGAAACCACAAGGAAUGUCGUUGAGCUGUGCUGUCCUCCCAACUCCGCUAAGAAGCUCCUCGGCGAGCCUUUUGUCCUGAGACAAGCUGUGCCUGUGGAUCUGUUUCCCCACACCCCACACUGUGAACUGGUGCUCCUCUUCACUCGAUAAGCAGCCUCCUACAAGACUGCAGGCUCAUUGUUAAGGCCGAAGUUUCAGUGUCUUCCAGGUUUGGCAUAUUGCUACAUGGCAGACCUUGAGAGCCUUCCCGGGGAAACCAGUCUUUGGAUUGUGAGCAGGAAGAAUGUAGUAGGCCUACCGUCCGAGGCCAUUUUAUAACCUUAGUUUUCAGGUUCCCUUGCUCUCAUGCGUGUUUGCCUGGUUGUGACCACUCUUUGGCCUUGGAUCUAGACUGUACUUUCUUUUUGCUGUCAGCCUGGCAUGGCUCCCUUGGUACUAGUUUGUAGUCUUGUCUCCUCUGUCUGACUCUGCCUGUGAUGACAACUGAGCUUUUCUCUGCAGUUGGUAAUAAUUUCACGUUGACUCAGGUCUCUCUAUUUACCCAGAGAUUAUACUAGGUAUUUUCUGUGUUCAUGAGGUAUCCAAGGAUUAGAACUAGAGACAAAUCCAGCUUUUUAAAAGAGCAGAGUAAGCUAUGAAGUGGCUGCAGGAUGACUGCAUGAUCUCAGUAGAGCGUCAUGCCUUUUUUUUUUUCUUUUUAGUCUUUGAGGCUUCUAGAAUACCCUUUAAAAAUGUGGUUACUCCUAGGAGCAAUAGCACCAAUUAUCUCCUCUGUAGGGAGAAUUGGUCAUAGUAGUGACUCUAUGGGAAAGGACAUCUUCAAAGAAGAGACUGAAUACCUAUAAUUGUGCUGUGUAGCAUGGAGGCAGAAAGGUCCAGAAUCCCUUAAUGAUGCAGUGUACACUAUAAUAAAUUGGAUAUUGAAACAGACA